AUGGCGGCCAAUGGAGAGGCAGCCAAGCCGGUCAUCAUGAAUGAAGAGGAGCUGAAGAGGAAGCAGAGGGAGAAGUUGAAGAAGCUGCAGGCUACAGGAGGCAACCCUCGACCGGCGCGCUCCCUCUUCCUCUUUAACCUGAAAAACCCUUUCCGCAAGGCCUGCAUCAACAUCGUGGAGUGGAAGACCUUUGAGAUCAUCAUCCUGCUGACAAUCUUUGCUAACUGUGUAGCUCUGGCUGUGUUCCUGCCCAUGCCUGAGGAGGACAGUAAUAACACCAACGCAAACUUGGAGAGUCUGGAGUACAUUUUUUUGAUCAUCUUCACCUUAGAGUGCUUCCUGAAGAUAGUGGCAUAUGGGUUUGUUUUCCAUGAGGGGGCCUAUUUACGGAACUGUUGGAACAUACUGGACUUUGUCAUCGUCUUCAUGGGCCUCUUCACCUUUGCCUUGGACACCAUCAACAAAAUAGCAGGUGUGCCAAUGGAGAAGGGUGGGGGGUUCGACAUGAAAGCCCUGAGAGCCUUUAGAGUACUGCGGCCCCUACGUCUGGUCUCUGGAGUCCCCAGUCUGCAAGUGGUGAUGAAUUCCAUCCUCAAAGCGAUGCUGCCUCUGCUGCAUAUUGCCCUGCUGGUCUUUCUACUGGUUACCAUCUAUGCCAUUGUGGGCCUGGAGCUCUUCAAGUGCAAGAUGCACAAGACCUGCUACUAUACUGGCACAAACAUCUAUGCCACAGCAGAAGGUGAGCUGCCUGCUCCUUGUGCCCAGGCUGGUAAUGGACGUCGCUGUGCCAUCAAUGGCUCUGAGUGUCGGCCUGGCUGGGAGGGGCCCAACAAUGGCAUCACCCACUUUGACAACAUUGGUUUUGCCAUGCUCACAGUAUACCAGUCUAUCACCAUGGAGAGUUGGACCACAGUGCUGUACUGGGUGAAUGACGCCAUUGGACACGAAUGGCCCUGGCUCUACUUUGUUACCCUCAUUCUACUCGGCUCCUUCUUUGUACUUAAUCUGGUUUUGGGCGUGCUCAGUGGAGAGUUCACUAAGGAGCGAGAGAAGGCCAAGUCACGUGGAGAGUUUCAGAAGUUGCGAGAGCGCCAGCAGCUUGAUGAAGACCUCCAUGGCUACAUGGAAUGGAUCACUCAUGCCGAGGUCCUGGAUGUUGACCAGGAGGGCAAUGGUCUCCUGCCAUUGACAAGUGGGGAUUCUGACACAGACAGCCUAUACAGCCUGGAAGGGAAGAGCAAAAUUGUCUACUACUUUCACCUGGCACGUCGCUGGAAUCGUUUCUUCAGAAUGAAGUGCUUGGUGUAUGUGAAAACCAAAGCAUUUUACUGGGCCGUGAUGUUCCUGGUGUUCCUCAACACCCUAGCCAUAGCUACAGAACACCACCACCAGCCUGACUCGCUCACCAGUCUACAAGAUGUUACCACCAGGGUGCUGCUGAUACUGUUUGUACUGGAGAUGUUGGUGAAAAUGUACGCUCUGGGUCCCAGGGCCUAUUUCAUGUCCCUCUUUAACCGAUUUGACUUCUUCGUGGUGCUAUGUGGCAUCCUGGAGGUGAUCUUGUUGUCUACAGGGGCCAUGGCUCCUCUGGGAUUCUCCAUCCUCAGGUGUAUCAGGCUGCUAAGGAUCCUCAAGGUCACCAAAUACUGGACAUCUCUGAGUAACUUAGUGGCCUCCCUCCUCAACUCUGUCCGUUCCAUCGCCUCCCUGCUCCUCCUUCUCUUCCUCUUCAUCGUCAUCUUCUCACUCCUGGGCAUGCAGGUGUUUGGAGGGAAGUUCAACUUCCCCAACAACAGACCCAGACGAAGUAACUUUGAUAACUUUCCACAGGCCCUCAUCAGUGUGUUCCAGGUGCUAACAGGAGAAAAGUGGAAUGCCAUCAUGAACAAUGGCAUCAUGGCCCAUGGAGGCCCUGCUUUCCCUGGCAUCCUGGUCAGCAUCUACUUCAUCGUCCUCUUCGUCUGUGGAAACUAUAUCCUCUUAAACGUGUUCCUGGCCAUUGCUGUUGACAACCUAGCAGAGGCUGAGAGCCUGACUUCAGCUCAGAAGGAAAAGGCUGAAGAAAAGUUGAGAAGGAAGCUGUUAAGGUCUAAGAUGCCUGACAAGUCCGACGAAGAGAGAGAGAGGAUGGCUAAAAAACUGGCAGAACAGAGGGCCAAAAUCGAGGGUAUCCCCACUACAGCCAAGCUCAAAAUUGAUGAGUUUGAGUCCAAUGUGAAUGAAGUGAAAGAUCCAUUCCCACCGGCAGACUUCCCAGGUGAUGACGAGGAGGAAGAACCAGAUAUCCCCAUCAGCCCCCGGCCUCGACCAAUGGCUGACCUGCAGCUAAAGGAGGAGGCAGUGCCAUUGCCUGAGGCCAGCUCUUUCUACAUCUUUGGCCCUCAGAACAAGUUCCGCAAGUUUUGCUACAAGAUCAUCAAUGCUUCAUCCUUCACCAACUUAAUCCUUCUGUUCAUCCUGCUCUCUUCCAUCUCCCUGGCCGCUGAGGACCCCAUCGACCCCAAGUCUUACAGGAACCAGAUUUUGGCCUACGCUGACAUCGUCUUCACGACUGUGUUCACUAUUGAGAUCGUACUGAAGAUGACAGUGUACGGAGCCUUCAUGCACAAGGGCUCCUUCUGCCGUAACUCCUUCAACAUCUUGGAUCUCAUCGUGGUUGGAGUCUCCCUGCUCUCUAUGGGAAUGGAGUCCAGUGCCAUCUCAGUAGUGAAGAUUCUCAGGGUGCUGAGGGUGCUGAGGCCUCUAAGGGCUAUCAAUAGAGCCAAGGGGUUAAAGCAUGUAGUUCAGUGUGUGUUUGUGGCCAUCAAAACCAUUGGCAACAUUGUUUUGGUGACCAUGCUGCUGAAUUUCAUGUUUGCCUGUAUCGGAGUCCAACUUUUCAAGGGUAAAUUCUACAGCUGCACAGAUCCCUCCAAAAUGACCGCGGAGGAAUGCCAGGGCGUCUUCGUGAAACACAUAGAGAACUCCCUCCAAGACACUGUACUGGCUAAAAGAGAAUGGCUGAACAGUGAUUUUAACUUCGACAACGUGCUCUAUGGCAUGUUGGCCCUCUUCACUGUUUCAACAUUUGAAGGCUGGCCACGGCUGCUGUACCAAGCCAUAGAUUCAGACAAGGAAGACAUGGGCCCUGUUUUCAACAACCGCGUAGAUAUGUCCAUCUUCUUCAUUAUCUACAUCAUCCUCAUUGCCUUCUUCAUGAUGAACAUCUUCGUGGGCUUUGUCAUCGUCACUUUCCAAGAGCAGGGCGAGCAAGAGUACAAGGACUGUGAGCUGGACAAGAACCAGCGUCAGUGUGUGCAGUAUGCUCUGAAGGCUCGACCUCUCAGGUGCUAUAUUCCCAAGAACCCUUACCAGUAUCGGGUCUGGUAUAUAGUCACCUCUUGUUACUUUGAGUACCUCAUGUUCUUCCUAAUAUUACUCAACACCCUGUGUCUUGGGAUCCAGCACUGUAACCAAUCAGACCAUGUUACCAAGCUGUCUGACACGCUGAACCUGAUCUUCACCGUGCUCUUCACUGUGGAGAUGAUUCUCAAACUCAUGGCUUUCAAAGCUAGGGGCUACUUUGGAGACCCGUGGAACGUGUUUGACUUCCUCAUUGUUGUGGGUAGUGUUGUUGAUGUCAUCCUGAGUGAGGUUGAUGCUGCCCUGGCCUCCAGUGGAGGGCUGUACUGUCUCCAUGGCUGUGCUGACACUAAUCCUAUGCAAGCCAUUGCGGACUCAGAAAAUGCCAGCGUCUCUAUCACAUUCUUCCGACUUUUCCGUGUCAUGCGUUUGGUAAAACUGCUGAAUCGCUCAGAGGGAAUCCGUAAUCUGCUGUGGACCUUCAUCAAGUCUUUCCAGGCUCUACCCCAUGUUGCCCUGCUCAUUGUCAUGCUGUUUUUCAUCUACGCUGUCAUCGGGAUGCAGAUAUUUGGAAAGAUAGCCUUAGUGGACGGCACCCAAGUCAACCGCAACAACAACUUCCAGACAUUCCCUCAGGCAGUUCUUAUGCUAUUCCGGUGUGCUACAGGAGAGGCUUGGCAGGAGAUCAUGCUUGCCUGUAUGUAUGGGAAGAAGUGUGACCCCAAGUCUGACUUCCUGCCAGGAGAGGAAUAUACCUGUGGUGCCAACUUUGCUGUCUUCUACUUCUUGAGCUUCUACUGUCUCUGCGCUUUCCUGAUUCUAAACUUGUUCGUAGCUGUCAUCAUGGAUAACUUUGACUACCUGACCCGUGAUUGGUCUCUCCUGGGUCCACAUCACCUGGAUGAGUUUAAGAAGAUCUGGGCUGAAUAUGACCCUGAUGCCACGGGAAGAAUCAAACAUCUAGAUGUGGUGACACUGCUACGACGUAUCCAGCCACCACUCGGCUUUGGCAAAUUCUGUCCUCACCGUGCAGCAUGCAAGCGUUUAAUUGGCAUGAAUAUGCCACUCAACAGUGAUGGCACUGUCACCUUCAAUGCCACCUUGUUCGCUCUGGUCAGAACUGCUCUCAAGAUCAAAACUGAAGGUAACUUUGAGCAAGCCAAUGAGGAGCUGAGAGCCAUUAUAAAGCAGAUCUGGAAACGCACUAGUAUGAAACUAUUAGACCAAGUCAUUCCCCCUAUUGGAGAUGAUGAGGUGACCGUGGGAAAGUUCUAUGCAACUUUCCUGCUCCAGGAACACUUCCGUAAGUUCCUGAAGCGCCAGGAGGAGUACUAUGGCUACCGUCCUACUAAGAAGUCCGCCUCAGGCCCCGAAAUCCAGGCUGGCCUGAGGAGUCUUGAUGAGGAGGCGGCUCCAGAGCUACACAGAGCCAUCUCAGGAGAUCUUCACAAUGAGGAGGAGAUUGACAGAGCUAUGGAAGAGGCUGGAGAAGAGGGCAUCUACAGGCGGUCCCAUGGUCUGUUUGGGAAUCAGAUGGACUCCUUCUCCUCUGAGCCCACCAGCACCCAGCUCCCUCACAUGACCAGCCAUAGGCCGCUUCAGUUUUCUGAGAGCCAACCCGAGUCUCCCCCAGACUCCGCUACCUUCAUGCCAACCACUGAAUUCUUCCCCACCUCCACUCUGAGGAACAACAUCAACAACAAUGCUCUUGCAGAGUUUUCAUCUGAGAGAGAAGGGAGCCCCCAGGGGUUCUAUAAUCCCAGUGAGGAUGCAGAACCUGAGAACAGACCCAUUUCAAACUUUAUAGUGAGAACAGACAUCUCAAAGUUCCCCUAUGACCCUAACCAUGGUGACAGACAGUCUCAGUGUUCUCAUGCUGUUGCAGGGGGCCUGCCUGCUGCUGACCAGCUCAUCCAGGAGGCUUUAAUAGAAGGUGGUCUGGCUUCCUUGGCCAAAGACCCUCAUUUUGUCUCAGUGACCAAGAGGGAGAUGUCAAAGGCCAUGCACAUCCCCAUGGCUGAGAUGGAGGGCAUGGCCCAGGGCAUCCUCAGCGGCCGCUCAGGAUCUGUCAGCUCCGUCAAGAAGAGACGCCCCAUCCCUCUCCCUCCUUCUGUUUCUACCAUGGCCACAGAGAAAGAAUGCCAGGCAGACCCUGCUGUGAGAAGAAAGAGACGUCCCAUCCCGCUACCUCCUUCUGCCCCUGUAGGAUCUGGACAGGAGCGAACUGAAGCAGACACUGAAGUUUAGAGAGUCUGUACGUUGAAUUUCUAAAGGUAUAAUGUGAUGUUACCCUCGACAAGGCAGUGCAAGUGCAUUCUCCUCACCUUACCUUACCAAACUUGUUGCCCAUGCAACAAAUACGACUGACUUGACUGGCCCAAGGCCGAACUAGCAAGCUGGCUCAAGUUUAAGUCUAAGAUGUUAACUGUGGUUGAAAAUCAUGCAACCCUAACCAGGGAGAAACACUAUAUCUGAUAAUCCAUUCAUCUUCUCAGUUAUCAGAUUUGUUGCAACAAAUAAAAGACUAUC